AUGGCCGACCAGAAUCCUCCACACUCGCUUCCACCCUCAAACGCCUACCCUUCACCACACUCCUACCCGUCCCCCUCCAUGCAGCUCACAUACACGUAUCCCCCGCCCCAGGGCCAGUCGAACCAGGAGGCCUAUCGGGGCUCACCUCAGGGCACCAACCUGCCGCUGCCACCGCUGAAUCUUCCACCGAUACGUCUACAAGAUGGACAGGUGCAACAAUCGUCGCAACAACCGCCCAUGCCUCAGCCGAUGCCCUCGCCGCACCCUCCUCCCCAACACCAUAUGCCCCAAUACUAUCACGCUGCUCAUCCACAACCGGUGGGCAUGGGAGUCGCGCCGCAUCUGCAGAUGCGAUAUGCGCUCCCUCCCCAAGGUGACCACAGGAUCCUCUCCGGUGGUCGCAACAAGAAGGAGGUCAAGCGUCGGACAAAGACGGGCUGUUUGACAUGUCGCAAACGCAGGAUAAAGUGUGAUGAGGCGCAUCCAGUCUGCCGCAAUUGUCAGAAGAGCAAACGCGAGUGCGCCGGCUACGAUCCCAUUUUCAAGCAACAGCCCGGCCCAGCACAGAUACAGCCUGCUCCAGGCUCGGCCUCUCAUCAGACUCCCGCACCGGCAUCAUCCCCUUCCGUCAGCUCGUCCUACAGUGGGCAGGUUCCCCACGGCUACGCUCCUGCCGUCAGCGCGGGUUAUGUGCCUCCGGCGACUGGUAGCGGACCUAGCCACCAACCCCACGAGAACUUCAGCCAUCCCGCCAUUGAUCCUGCGCUCGCAUCCGAGAAUUCCAAUAUGCAAGGCGGACAGCCAGCGUACAACGGUGCACAUGCCUUGAAUCCUGUACUCAGGGACGUGGCCAGCUCGAGUCCCUUCACUGCACCUACACAUGCAGCUCCUGUUGUGAAAGGGCAACGUCUAAAGAUUACCGAUCUGUUCGCCAUUGCGGGUCAUCCUCCUCCAGAAGUGCCUCCGCGACAAGCGCCUAUCUCACAGGAACUCGACGAUGAGUUUGCGACCAUGUUCGCGAAGGACUAUUGCCAGGGCCUCGAUGCCAUUCUGGAAACCAAUUGGUUCUCGACCAAUAACAACGCCUUGAGACGAAUCAUGGCGGACAAGAAUCUGCGUGAGGAAGCUAUAUUUUUCGUGGAGACUUGCAACUACCGGCGCAACUCCUCCGACAUGAGCGGCAUAUUUAGCCAGGAAGCUCGCCUCAUAUGGCACAUGCUGAGCGUAUGUAAACAUGCACCUCCCGCCACCAAUGGCACCAACGGGACAGCAUCCGCGGCCCCCGAAGAUGACGACAUGUCCCUCAAGGAGGUCCGCGCGCGAUUCGAUAUCCUGGAGGCUCUCUUGACAAACGAGGUGCUCCAUUCUAAUCCGCUCUAUUCGCUCCACUACCCCGCUGAGCUACCGACUUAUAGGAGACAGGAGAUUGAUUUCUGGAGGGAACUUGGCAAUUUUGUUGUGCACGACAAUGACUCUCCGCCGCCAAGCGCGGCUGACUACGCCCUCUCGACGAUGCGCGCUCUUCUGGGCCAGGAGACUCGGGAUGCUCUUUACUCAAUUUCUAUCGCGAGGCGACUAGGGAACCGCAUUGGUGGAUUCCCGAACAGUGUGCCUGUGGCGCCGCCCAACCUGGACCCCGAAAAUGAUCUCAGCAAGUUGACUGUAGCGAUGGGACAUAUCAGCUACGAAUGCCGCAGCAGCACUCAACAGGUGAUUGCCCGCAUCUGCGAUAUGGCCAUGCUCUCGUGGACUGCAAGCAGGAAGGCCAGGUAA